UUCUCAUAAAGGCCAAGCUUAUUGGGAAAUACUUAAUAACCUUUCUGAUAAUUUCAAUAACAGUAUAGCCAAAUGUUCUAAAAAUACCAGUGAAAAUAAAAAAAAUAAUUUCGAUGGAAAUUAUGUCGAUGAAGAUGAAGCAUUGGAUUAUACUAUCAAAAUUGAAGAGUUUGCUUUUGAACAUUAUGAUUAUAAUCUACAUGCCUCUAAACCAGUUCAAAUAUCAUCAAUCGAUGUGAGAUCUAUUUUGAUCCAAAAGCUUCCACAAUUUCCAGAUGUCACUUAUUCUGAAUUUAUGAAACUUAUAUUAACUUAUCAUCUUUCUGAUUCAGCUGAAAAUGAUAUAUUGAAGUAG